AUGGCAAAGAAAGAAGCGAUUGAAGUUGAGGCGCAGGUAACCGAAGCCCUGCCCAACGGCAUGUUCCGGGUGGAACUGCCCAACGAGCACAAGGUUCUGGCGCACAUAUCCGGCAAGAUCCGCAUGCACUUCAUUCGGGUGCUGCCGGGCGACCGGGUGCUGGUGGAGCUGUCUCCUUACGAUCUGACCCGAGGCCGCAUCACCUAUCGCUUCAAGUAG